AAUUUUUUUUUUUGAUUUUCUCUCAUUCUUGAUGAUCUUGUCUUUUUUUUCAUUGUGAAUUUUGUUCCAGAAACACAAAAGAGACAAUUCAAACUGUCCACACACACACAAACAGACACACUGACAAUGAAAGAGUGACCGAUACAUCAUCGAUUCAAUUAAAUCCUAAACAUCAACAAAUGUGCUGAAUUUUCAAGCCUUUUGUCUGUCUGUUCAGUUCUGAAGUAUAUAAACAACGUUUGAACAACAGAUAAUUCUAGGAAAAUCAUUUAUUUUUUCUUCUUUUCAGAAUUGAAUAAACAAAAUUCCCGAGAUGUUAAUAUUCAAAGUUUUAACAUUGUCCACUAUGUGUGUGGCAACCGUUUUCGGUUAUCAAUCAUACGGAGGUGGUGGAGGAAGCAGUGGUGGUGGUGGUGGCUCUGGUGGUAGUUAUGGUAAUGGAACUAAAUUAAAAAUUAAACAAGUUGAAAUAUUUGAUCAUUUUAAUUUAACAGGUGGUUCCAGUGGCGGUGGUGGUGGCGGCAGUGGUGAUAGUGGAUUUAGUAGUAGCGAUGGUCAAUUCAAAAUGGGUGGUGGUGGUGGUGAACGUCUUAGUGCAGCCGUAUUUACCAAACAUACAUUUGAAACAAAAACCGUCGAUGUUCCGUUCGAAGAUCAAGAACCACAAAUUAUUGAAAUAGAUGGCGGAAGCCUUCCGCUAGAGAUUCAUUUCAAAUCUGCUUCUGGUCGUAUUAAAGUGAAACAAAGUCAUGAACUUGGUCAAAGUGGCCAAACUGAACAUUCACAAGCGGAAGAAGAACCGAUGCGUUUGGUUCAUGAAGUUCGAAAACCAAUUAUCCAGGAAGUACGCGAAAUCAUUACACCAUAUCGAAAAGUAUAUCAAGAAAUACAACCGGUUAUGGAAGAAAUUCACACCGUCGUUGCUAAAGGUGAACAACGACGACAAGGUCAUAGCGGAAGCAAUAAAGGUGGCGGCGGCGGUGGUUCUUCUGGUGGUGGUGGUUUUGGUGGUGGCGGAUCUUCUGGUGGCUACGGAGGUGGCUCAUCAGGUGGUGGUGGAUCUUCUGGUGGCUACGGAGGUGGCUCAUCAGGUGGUGGUGGAUCUUCUGGUGGCUACGGAGGUGGCUCAUCCAGUGGUGGUGGGUUUGGCGGCAGUUCCUCAGGUGGCAGUAGUGGUGGUGGAUAUGGUAGUUCAUCCGGAGGAGGAAGUUCUGGUGGUGGUGGUGGAUUCAACUUUGGUGCUUCAUCCGGAAACACAAAAAAAAUUGUACAAGUGAAAAUCAUUCAUAUCGCUUGUGAAUAUAUGGUGGAUGACGUGAUGAACGAAAAUUUCAUUUUGAUUAUUAUGUUCGUCGUUUAUAUUAUAAAUCAAUUGGUUUGUUAUUUCAUUCUACAUCGAAUUCAAUCGGCUCAUUUUCAACAAUUAAUCACAUUGUUAUUAUCCGGUACAAUACAAUUAUAUGCCGGUUUUUAUCUAUUCAAAGCAAAUCGUUUAGAAUCAUUUCAAAAUAUGAAAGGUGUCAUUGCACUUGUACCAAUGUUAAUGGAUAUGAAAGGUAAUAUUGAAAUAACGAUGGCAUCACGAAUGUCAACAUUGGCACAAUUACAAUCACAUCGUAUGAAUAAUUGGCAUGGACUUUGGCAAACGGUACGACAGAAUAUUGCAUUGAUUCAUUGCCAGGUAACAAUCAUAUCAUUUGCAGCCGUAUUAUUGACAACAUUAUAUUUGGAUUUUGAAAAAUCUACUUUCGAUUUCAAUUCCAUCGUAUUGCUAUAUGCAAUUGCAUUGACAACCGGUGCCAUUUCAUGUUCAUUAAUCGAUAGUAUUGUUACGUUUGUUAUUGGUUUUAUUUCGAUUUCUGGUUCCGAUUCGGAUGAUGUUGCCACUUCAUUGGCUGCUUCUGUUGGUGAUCUUAUAACCGUUAUGUUGGUCGUACAAUUUGCAAAUGAAUUUUAUCGUUUUGAACAAACAAAUAAAUGUUGGAUAUAUUGGUUGAUUAUCAUAUCAUUAUUAUCAUUAUUUCCAUAUCUAAUGUAUUUGGUUGCAAAGAAUAUUGAAACACGACGUGCAUUUAUUCGUACAUGGAAACCAUUAUUCAUUGCUACAAUCAUAUCGAUUAUUAGCGGUUUUAUAUUCGAAUCAUCGAAUGAAAAAUUUAAACAAAUUACAUUAUUAUUACCAAUGUUGGCCGGAUUCACUGGUAAUUCCUGUUCAAUGAUAAUUAAUUUAAUAUCAACAAAUUUUGAACGAAUAUCACAACGACAACAUACAAUGUGUACUAUUGAUGGCGAAAUUCCAGAUCAAAAACAAUCAAUCAAAUGGUUAUUGAGUCCAAAAGAUGUUUUCUGGGAUUAUGAAUAUAGUGAAAAAAUAUCGAAAACAAAUCGAUCACAUGUCAUACAUGGUGUAGUGCCAUGUUUAUUUUUCUAUCUGAUUAUGGUGGCCAUAUUUCAGGAUCAUCAAUAUAUUUAUAUUACGAUUAAAUUCAUCAUAUUUUAUCUAUUAUUCGGCAUUAUACUUGUCACCACAAUGUUAUAUAUCACCUGUAAUGUUGUACAUAUAAUAUUUAAAUUGAAUAUGAAUCCAAGUGAUACAACGAUACCAUUUUUAACAUCGAUUGUCGAUCUAAGCGCAUCAUUAACAUUAUUAACUUUUUUCCACAUUCUUUCAUUUUAUUCUGAUCCAAAUAUCAAUGUUAAACCAUAGCGGGGGUAGGGGGGAACAUCU